UCUAUUUUUCCUUCUCACAAGAUAUCUUUGGCUUCAUUCUUUGGUCCGUGGAUUCUGUACUACUGUGCUCUGAUUCCUCUCAAACCCCCAAUUCCUCCUUGAUGACGGCAUAAAUCCAACUAGAGUGUUCUCUUUUGACUCUUUUAUCCCUUACCUACCGAGCGGCGAGUCUACUCUUCAGCUGUCUACUGUUCUCUUACAUAUCUUGCAUUCCUAUUACACCAAGUCUUUGAAACGUUUUGAACCACACAGACGCAGAUAAAUACGCAUACACACAUACACGAGGUUAUAUACACGUAUAUAUUACUUUCCUGAAGAUAUACAAAAAAUCACAUCACAGAAGAAAUGAGCUUUCCAUCUCUAAAAACUUCCAACACGAAAUGAUUGAAAUGACUGAAAUAUCAGGCAUUUCAUCACAUUUGACUCAACAAGCGAAUCAAACUCUUCAAUUCCUGCAGGACUCCUAUCCGACUGCAUCACAUUGCAUUAGUACAAAUCUCUAUUCACAUCCCGACAGAGAGUCCUUUCAACUGGAGGGUCAUCCAUAUUUCAAAAUUUCGAUAUCUAUACGACUACGAGGCCGUUAUAAUAAAUAUCAAUCAGGAAUAAUAAUAAUAAUAAUACUAAUAAUUAUAAUAUUAAUAGAACCAAAGGAAGAGGAGGAGGUCAAGUUUGAAGAGAAGAAAGAAAUACGCUUAUCAAUCGCGGCCAAUAAUCCGGCCGCAAAUUCCCAACGGCGUCACACGUAUCAAGUCUACCGACCACCAUAUCUUCAUCCACCAUAGAAACCACCAAUCGAGCAAAUGCCCCUCCAUCAGCGACUGGAAACGCGAGAAUUCCUUCACCAAGUCAUCAACCUCCAUAUCCAUCGCCAACUCCCCGUUUAUCCAAUCCCGAUCAACCACAAGUUCGAAUAAGUAGUCCAACGAGGUGGAGUUGGAGAAACGCUUUACCAGCUACCGUGAAUACCGGUGCGAUCGACCAUUUUCCGAAUCCUUUUAGAUCUCGUGCUGGCUCGGGAAGUAUUGUGAGUGGAAGGCCAAGAAGACCAAGUACAUCCAGAUUGUGGAAUCCGACAAAUUCAACCCCAAGAGCAUAUCCGCAGACUCCAAAAAGACAUCAAUCAUCACAAGGACAACCGGUCAUUGCGAUACCGCUUCAACAUCCAGAUAUAUCUAAUUUGCGAGAGGGAGCUGGUGCGGGAGGUGAUUAUCCAUUAUUGACAUUACCGGAACAGCGACAACAAAGACAUUCGGCGUCUACGAAGGCAAGUUUACAGGUUGAUAGGAGUGGAAGUUCAUUGAGUUCGCAUCGAAUAUCUUUGCCGAGAACUGUAAGCAUCGAUCUUGCGCGAAGUCGAAAAAGCGGUGAUUCUCCUCUUACGCCUACCACUGGACCAAAGCUCGAUAAAGGGAAGGGAAAAGCGGUGGAGGAUAAGCCUGCGAUCACAAUUGCAACGACGUUGGAAAAACUUACGGGGAGAGCUCCGGAAGGAAGACAACUUACUCCGACACCUGUUUCGGGUAUCUCUUUCGAUUUCAGUAGAGCAGCUAUGUCUACGGACCUUGAGCGCGGUCCCAAUACCCUCAAUCCUUAUAAUGCAUCCGGAACAUCACCAAUACCUCAUGCGAACGAUUCAAAUACAUCAUUACCUGGCGGUAUCGGCCCUGCAUUAUCCUCAAAUGGUACAUCGAUAGUUGGGGAAGAACCGGGAGAGGGCGAUGAUGCAGAUGAAUGGGGUCCUCACCAUCCAUGUUAUCCACAUAUGAAUCCGCAUGUUCCACUCUCAUCACCUUUAUAUAAUACCACGCGCAUAAUACGCAUUCGUCGAGAUUGGAUGGUGGAGGGAGAUCUCGCGCCUACGUUUUCAAAUUUAUAUCCAGAGAUUUUGGAUCCAGCGGGCGUUACAGAACAGGAAUUUAGAGGUUUGAUUGAGAGGAUUAAUAGUGAAUUAAUACCGGCAUAUAAUCCUUGGGGAGCGAGAAAUAUUUUCGAUGGUGUAAUGGGAUUGGUGACAGGUUGGAUGUGGGAUGAUUUAGGAUGGACGGGUGUAAAAUCAAGGUUAAAUCGGGUAGAAAUGUGGUUGGAGGAAUGGAAUAGGGAUAUGGAAUCAAGAGCAAAGGAACCGGGAACAGCUCCGAAAAUUGUGAGCUUGAGGAGAACGGGAUAUAUGAAUGUAAGUUUUUCUUUUGGAUGCCUUUCCAUUUGGCUUAAUAUUUGGGUAAAUUGAAGAGGAUUGUCUAACUAAUCUGUGGCAAAUAGCUCGAUAUCCAAGUCCCUGAUCCGGAAAUUUCAUAUCCAGCAACGAUUCCUGAUUCAGAAAGAUUAAAUUCUGGAAUAUCGCAAAAUAGUCAGAAUAUGGAUGUCCCGCCAGAACCGGAAUUCUUAACUACAAAUUAAGGGAAUAACCAGAUGGAGAGUGUUUAGAUCGAAUGGGGGUGAUAGUCGUGUUAAUGGUGUUGAUGUAAUAUAUGAGGGGAUGUACGAUCCAAGAUGCAUUGUGUAAAAGUGAUGAAUGGAGGAGGAGGAGAAGAGGAAAGAGAAGCAAUUUAUACCCCCUUUGCAUUUUUAUCGCACAGGCGUUUUUGGAGGAGAGAUCAAAAGCAAGCAAGCAGCCGAGAAGGAAGGAAGAAAGCAAGAAAGAAAGAGGAGAAUAAUUGAUCUGUUUUGUGGAUUUGAAAUGGCAUAAUUGGGCGUUGAUGCUUGCUUAUAUAUACUACUGAUAUUGAUUGCGAAAUCAUGGAUGAUGACGACGGGCUAUUUCUUGGGAAAAGCUUUUGUGGCAGUUUGCAGUUUGCUUGAAAAAUGGAGAGAGAGAACCUGGAGGGAA